UUCACCACGUUUAGAAAGGAAAAAAUAUAUAAAAUUUGCUAUGAGAAAUAUCAUAAUCAUUAUUUACACUCGUAGUCCCUAAGUGUGCGUGUGUUUAGGCGCGUAGAGUUUGUUUACAGUUUUCUGAACGGUGUAGUGAUGGUGGUGGCGGUGACGCUGGAAUGGACACUGUGGACCUCUGGGUAUGGACGCUGUGGGCAGCUUGGUCACGGCACGACAGAUAACUGCCCCAUUCCUCGCACUGUGCUUGACCUGUGUGGCUCAGAGGUCGGCCAGGUCGCCUGCGGGAGAGGUCAUACCCUGGUCUACAUCCCCUCGCAGGGCCACGUGUAUGCAUUUGACCAGGGGCUCUCAGGGCAGCCGGGCACCAAGACUCCACACAGCAGGGAAUUACCUCAAGUGGUAGUGUGCCCAUGGCUGUCCCCUGGGGGUGCCAGCCUGCUAGACUAUGCAGAGGAGGACAGCCCCAGUGUGUGUUUGAGGCAGUGCCUUGAGGUGCCAAUCAUUUCUGAAGUUUAUGAAAGCAGAAACGGCUCUCCAGAAUAUGAUUUUUACCCUAGAUCUUCCCUUCAGCGUUCAGCUUAUUCCUGCAGUGACAGGUGCAGCUUUUUAAACCCUGGGAGAAGCUACUGCAUUGAUCCCAGAGGCAGCCCACGCCCUCACAUUCACGUCCUGCACGCCCACGCCCACGCUGACCACCAAGGGGACGCGGAGCACGAGCUGAGUGACUUUGAAAAGGAGAAUUUGUUGUUCGCUUUCCCUCAGCCCUCCGUCAGCUGCUUCAGGAGUUCUGUGCAUCUCCCAGGCAGGAAUCCAGACUGCUGUACACUGAAUAGAUUGCUGAGAUACCAAGACUGGCACAGACUCCCUGGUUAUCUCUGGCAUGCCCUCAUCCAGUUGAUGUGCGAACACCACUGCAGGGAACUCUGUCGGUGUGUCUGUUCCUUUCUUUAUCAUUUCCAGUGUUCCUGCUCUUGUCAAUGCUGUUCCUGACACUGACAGUUCCUGCACUGACACUGUUUAGUUGGGUUAGGUUUGGUUACAUACAUUCCAUUCAUUACCAUCAUCAUUAUUCUCUCAUUUCUCAUUCAUUUAUCAUAAUUUUUCCAUCCACUUGUCACCAUCCUUCCAUUUCUCAUUAAUUUAUCACUUGUUAUCACCAUCCUUUCAUCUCUCAUUUACUAAUAAUUUUUAUUCCCAUGGCCUUGUUGACUGGAUGCUCUCUCUCUCUCUCUCUCUCUCUCUCUCUCUCUCUCUCUCUCUCUCUCUCUCUCUCUCUCUCUCUCUCUCUCUCUCUCUCUCUCUCUCUCUCUCUCUCUCUCUCUCUCUCUCUCUCUCUCUCUCUCUCUCUCUCUCUCUCUCUCUCUCUCAUGGCAUCAAGUAAGCAUUACAUUACAUGUUGCCGAGUUCUUUGGGCAUUGUGAAUGAAGUGGCCUACAGUGGUUUUUUAUUUAUUUAUUUAUUUUCUCUCUCUCUCUCUCUCUCUCUCUCUCUCUCUCUCUCUCUCUCUCUCUCUCUCUCUCUCUCUCUCUCUCUCUCUCUCUCUCUCUCUCUCUCUCUCUCUCUCUCUCUCUCUCUCUCUCUCUCUCUCUCUCUCUCUCUCUCUCUUCAAAACAAACAGGAGGUGAAUGAGUGUGAGAGAUUUUCAGGAAAAGUGAAUUUAAGUCCCUGUUUUGAUACAAAGAACAAAAAUCCCUUGUACCCAUGAUGAACUGUGCAUUAUCAUAACACCUAUCAUGUUCUAAAUCAAUUUCCCUCCCAUCUCUAAUAAUCUCUUGAUGACAAAUUAUCAGCAUUCUCAAUCUUCUCCAGAGGCUUUUGUAGUGUCAACCGCAGUAUACUUCUGCAAAAACUGCAUCAUUAUGGCACAUUCCUGGUUCAAAGGCUGUUUGACUGAUACAACCCAGUGCACAGUCCAUCAUGGAUACCUUUUAACAAAACCUACUUUUAUUUCAUGUUUUCAAGUAGCAUAAUUAUGUACUGCUUAAUAAAUGAACACCUGAA